ACUUCUAUUUGCAACAUUGAAAAACAAGAUGAUCUUGCUGAGCUUCUAAAGAUGACAGAUCUUAUCAUAUGGGAUGAGGCUCCUAUGGCUAACAAAUUUUGCUUCGAAUCCCUUGACAAGUCCUUAAAAGAUAUUAUGAGUGGAACCACACAUGCAUCUAAGAGAAUUUUUGGAGGUAAGGUUGUUGCGUUUGGUGGUGACUUCCGACAAAUUCUCCCUAUUUUACCAAGAGGUACUAGAUCUGAUAUUAUCCAUGCAAUAAUCAAUGCUUCUUAUAUUUGGGAUCAUUGUAGAGUAUUGAGGCUUACAAAGAACAUGCGCCUGCAAACUGGUCGACCUACUUCUACAAAUGAUGAGAUAAGGAAUUAUUCCGAGUGGAUUUUAAAAAUUGGGGAUGGGACCAUGUGUGAGCCAAAUGAUGGUUAUGCUGAUAUUUAUAUUCCAGAUGAGUUCUUAAUUUCUAACUUCACAGAUCCCAUUAAAGCAAUUGUUGAAGAUACGUACCCUGAUCUCAUUCAUAACUAUCUUGAUUCCAAUUAUCUUCAAAGUCGUGCGAUCUUAGCUUCAACAAUCGAAGUAGUUGAUGAUAUCAACCAAUAUAUAACAAACCUUCUUCCAGGAGAAGAGAAAGAGUACUUUAGUAGUGAUUCUAUUGAUAAAUCUGAUGCAAAUAGCUUUGAUGCAUACGAGCAUGUGACACCCGAGUUCCUAAAUGCCCUUAAAACUUCGGGAUUGCCUAACCAUUCAAUCAGGUUAAAAGUUGGGGCCACUAUUAUGUUGAUGCGGAACCUAGAUCUGUUUUAAGGUUUGUGCAAUGGUACAAGGCUCACUGUUACCAGGCUUGCUGCUCAUGUCAUUGAAGCCAAGAUAAUUUCUGGAAAAAAUAUU